CGGCGCCUGUCUCAUCCGACUCGGCGCUUGCUCACUUACACCACAUCCGGCGCCGCCUACACCUUUUCCGCACCGAGACAAUCUCAGCCCCGGACCGAAAAUUGACAUCAUCCGCUGUGCUUGUCAUUCCGACUUUUGCGCAACCAUAUUAUUACGCCCUGUUGUUCCACGUUACUUCAGUCUGGAAAGCCCGAUAUUGCGACGCUUGCAUCUCAACAGCCGACCAAAACAUACUCUCGACCAAUCCGCGUCUCCAACACCAGCGACGGGGGGAGCUCUUCACCACCAGGAACCUUUUUUUGUAUGGUGCCUGGGUCUUCCGAACCACCCAUAGUUUUGCCAGGAGUCGCCCGCCAUGACAACAUACGGUGCGGUCGCCAGCCGCCGAAGGCGCGGCGCCAAUAGACGCCUUGAGGCUGUCACGCCUCCUUUUCCUGCUCGGCAGAUGUUUGUGCUCGCAUGCUGCCGCAUAUGCGAGCCAAUUGCCUUCAUGUCCAUCUUUCCCUACAUCUACUACAUGAUUGAGGAUUUCCACAUCACCAGCGACGCCAGCAAGAUCUCCGUCUACGCCGGCAUGGUCACCUCCGCCUUCACACUCGCCGAAUUCGCAACUGGUGUUCUUUGGGGCCGGCUCAGUGACAGAAUUGGCCGCAAGCCAGUUCUUCUCUUUGGGCUCGCGGGUACUGCGUUAAGUGUGCUGAUCUUUGGCUUUGCCCCCAGCCUACCGGUUGCCCUGUUUGCACGUGCUUUGGGAGGCUUACUGAACGGGAAUAUUGGUGUGUUACAGACAACUGUGGCGGAGCUGGUGACCGUCAAAGAGCAGCAACCUCGAGCGUACACAAUCAUGCCCAUGGUCUGGUGCAUUGGAUCCAUCGUUGGACCCAUGAUUGGAGGUGCCUUGGCCCGCCCUUGCGUGAGCUAUCCCGACAUCUUCGCCCGCGGCACAAUCUGGGACCGGUUCCCCUACCUCCUGCCUAACCUCUUCAGCGCCGCCACCGUCUUUGUGGGCGUUGUGAUUGGCAUUCUUUUCCUCGAGGAGACGCAUGCGACCAAGAAGCACCAACGGGACCGCGGACGCGAACUGGGCGACUUUCUCGCAUCCAAGUGCCCCCGCUUCGGGCGGUUCUCGUCGGCUGAAGCGUCACCUGAGAAGGGGAGCCUCCUCGGUCGAGAUGCGCUGCUUAGCGACGAGGGUUCGGACGAUGAAUGCUUGCCGGAGUACCAGAGCCAGAGCAGCUCGCCUCAACUCACCCCUCAACCGACCCCCGAGCCGGCGGAGGCCGCGCCUCUCCAAGGGCCCGGUAGCCCUGGCUUCAAGAUCUUCACCAAGCCGGUCAUCAUGAACAUUGUGUCGUACGGCAUCCUGGCCUUCCACACCAUGACCUUUGAUCAGCUUCUGCCCGUCUUCCUCAGCACGGCGCCCCCAAAACACCCCAACGUCGAGCUGCCCUUCAAGUUUGUCGACGGGUUUGGCCUCGAGACCAAGACGAUUGGCGUCAUCAUGGCGGUGCAGGGCAUCUACUCGCUCGUCUCCAACUACCUCAUCGUGGCGCCGGUCACACGCCGCCUCGGCUCGCUCCGCCUCUUCCGGAUCAUCGCGCUCUCGUACUUUGCCCUGUACCUGGUCACACCGUACCUGGUCCUGCUUCCGAAGAACAUGGUGAUGCCGGCCCUGUACAUCCUGGUCAUCUGGAAGUGCACCUUUUCGACCAUGGCGUAUCCCAGCAACGCCAUCCUGCUGGCCAACUCGGCACCCUCCAAGCAGGUGCUGGGCACCAUCAACGGAAUCGCGGCGUCGACGGCGAGCCUGUGCCGCGCGCUGGGUCCCACCAUCUCCGGGCUUCUGUACUCGCUGGGUCUGCAGACAGGCUACUCCGGGCUUGCGUGGUGGUUCAGCGGGCUCAUCACGGUCGCCGGUGCCUACCUCAGCUUGCAGAUCACCGAGGGAGGUGUCCAGGAUGAGGUGUCUGCACCUCCCAGCAGCAGGGGCUCUCUGGAGAACGAGAGGCUCCUGAAUGAUUACGACGAUAACGACAGCGUCUGAGGCAACUCAUACGACUCUUGCGUUUGGCACCUGGAAAAACAAAGAGACUAGGAAUUACGACUUGUAAUACUCCUUUUUGGAUGGAUGGGCUAGACUGUCGACCGGUCUCUCAUUCACUACCUAUGCAUUUUGCUUAAUGCAGUGGCGAAUACCCCCUUGGAUUUAGCG